UUCAGCAGACCUAUCGCGGCGAGCGUCUGCUGGGUCAGCUGUCGAGGCGACUCGCGCACGAACAACGAACACGUUGCGGACGCUUCCACCGAAGUUGCGUUUGCGUCGCGAGUUCCGUCGCGCAGUAGUCCGUACUCCGUUAUAAUCGUUCGAUCGCGACCGCGCUCAUCCGGGCGCCGAGGAGAAUCGCCGACGUGGAAGCGUCUUUCCAACCUUUCUUUUCCAUAGCCGAACGGGGUCUACGCGAAAAGGGUCCACCGCCGACGCUUAAAUCGAGGCUGCAUGGCAACACCAUUGCAAACGUAAGAAAAUGUCCAGGAAGCGCACCAGGGAGGAAACUAUGCUGACUACUGCGUCCCAUCAGAACAGCGUUAAUGGAGAAAAAGCGUCCUGCUCCAGGGAAGACUCUCCGGUUCACCCUAAUUACAACGAAAGUAGCAGUGCGGGUUUAACGUUUUUGAAGGAUUGUAAUGGUCAAGUUUCUGUUUGUCAGGAAAGAUCUCUAUCAAUCUGUAAAGAAGCACCUUUCAGCGAUGAUCCAGAUGCUAUCGCGGAGAGAAAUGCAUGCGAUUAUAACACGCGAAUUACUUUAAAACAAGCAAGAAGUGGUAAAGUUCCUAGGAAAAUUAGAGUUUAUGCCGAUGGUAUUUAUGAUCUCUUUCACCAAGGACAUGCACGGCAACUUUUACAAGCAAAGAAUAUUUUUCCAAAUGUUUAUCUUAUUGUUGGAGUCUGUAACGAUGAUUUGACACAUAGCAAAAAAGGAAGGACUGUAAUGACAGACCUAGAAAGAUACGAUGCUGUUAAACAUUGUAGAUACGUAGAUGAAGUUGUUCGAGAUGCACCUUGGGAGCUUGAUGAUGAAUUUAUAAAAAAGCACAAGAUUGACUUUGUUGCUCAUGAUGAUAUACCAUACAUGACGGAUGAUGGAGAGGACGUUUAUGCUAUAUUGAAAGCUAAAGGCAUGUUUGUAGCCACACAGAGAACGGAAGGUGUUUCCACGUCGGAUAUAGUUGCGAGGAUAGUAAAAGAUUAUGACAUAUACGUCAGAAGAAAUCUCGCACGAGGCUACAGCGCAAAGGAACUUAAUGUGUCUUUUCUCAAUGAGAAAAAAUUUCGCCUACAAAACAAGUUUGAUGACCUAAAAGAUAAGGGGAAACGAGUAAUGGAAAAUAUUGGCGAGAAACGAAUGGAUAUGAUAAGCAAAUGGGAAGAGAAAUCUCGAGAUUUUAUCGAUGCUUUCCUCUUGCUGUUCGGAAGAGAAGGCAGAUUGUCAACAAUUUGGAAUGAGAGUAAAGGUCGUUUAAUGCAAGCGUUAUCACCACCGGCAAGUCCGAAAAGGGAUAGCAGCCCAAGCAGUAGUAACAGCAGCCACAACGAUGAAGACCAGACAAGUCCACCACCAAAGAAAACGGGACGCUUUGAGUUUUCACAAAAUAAUCAUUAUUUAAGUGAUGAUUAUAGUGAUGAUGAAGAAGAACAUCUACACUCCAAAUGAUAACUAAUUACAUUAAAAAGGCAUAUAUACUCUCUGACCAAAACAAACGUGCAAUUUUUAUUUAUUACCUUAAAAGUUUAGAUGUAUUUUCAUACAACUACAUGAACUGCUGAUGCUAUGCUUUACGGAUUUUGUAUAUUAUGGUAUUUAGCUAGCAGUAUACAUUAAACAAAAUCGCCUGUCGUGAUGUGAGAGUUUAGCGUGUUUUUGCAGAUUUUAUUAAAUAGAUCGUAAAAAGGAUAAUAGAGGUGAUACAUGUAGAUUAUCUGAGCCAUGUACUACUCAAUGUUUUUUUAACGUUAUUGUUUUUGAGAUACUGUUACACCGUAUUUUAGUUCCUAUGUUACUUAAUGAUGUAUUCAUUAUUUAUCUUUAAUUUGAUACUUUCUCAUAGUUAAAAAUUGAAGAUAAACAUAUGUAUCCAUAAUUUCGAGAGCACGAAAUAUUCACUAAAAUUGUAUUUAAUGUAAGAUAAUAAUAUGUACUAUUAUUUUAUGAUUAAUUUUGUACAGAAAUGUUUUUAUAAAACAAUGUUAGUUAAUUGCAUAAAUAAUUUAUCUUUUAUCUUUGGAUAUGCAAAUUCAAUUAUAAUCUGAUUCAAACAAGUGCAGUUAAUAUUACGAGUUAAAUUUUACUUUAACCACGUAACUUGGAUAUUUUGUGUAAAUACCAAGACGUACAAAACAGAUACUUUUAGGCUCAUACAAUGGAAAAUUUUGUUGUAUUUUGUAUUGCAAAUAAAUGAAUAUUUGGAAAAUCAG